AUGGGUAAAGGAAAAAAGAGAUAUCACGCACCACAAAAACAAAAAGAGCAAGAACCUAAAGAACAACCAAAGGAACAAAAGCCAACAAGUCAUGCCAUCGUCGGUAUUGACUUUGGUGCUCAUUACUCGUGUGUCGGUGUUAUGAAGGGUGACCAUGUAGAGAUUUGUCCAAACCAACAAGGUAACCGUACCACUCCAAGCAUCGUCGCCUACGUCGGUGACGAUCGUUUGGUAGGUGACGAAGCCAAAGGUCAAAUCGACAGAAACCCACAAAACACUGUAUUCGAUAUAAAGAAGCUCAUCGGUUUCAACUAUAGUGAUCCAACUUUACAAAAUGAAAUUAAAAAGAUGCCAUACAAGGUAGUAGAUGAUAAUGAUAGAGUAAUGGUAGAAGUAACUUAUCAAGGCAAACAACAAACGUUUGCACCAGUACAAAUAGCAUCGUUGAUUCUUGCACAGAUCAAACAUAACGCCGAUAUGUAUAUAAACGCCGAUGUCAAGCGUGCAGUCAUUACAGUGCCAUCCGAGUUUACGUUGGAGCAACGCAAGGUUGUCAAGGAAGCCGCCCAGAUGGCCGGCCUCAACGUGGUGCGUUUAAUCAGCGAGCAUGCCGCCGUGGCCUUGGCCUAUGGCUACGGCUCGCUCGAGCAACAACAACCCGAGCAAAAUAUAGUUGUAUUUGAUUUGGGCGGCAGCGGGUUGUCCGUGUCGGUCAUAUCGUCGGGGCGUGACGCCACGCUCGAGUUGGUUGCCAACGUGUUUGACCACUCGUUGAGUGGCGAGGCGUUCGAUGCCUCGUUGGUCGCCCUUUUCACCGCCGAGUUUAAGCGCAAGUGGCGUUGCGACUUGUCCGAGAGCGCACGUGCUGUCGCCAAGCUCAAGAGUGCCUGUGAAAAGGCCAAGAAGAACUUGUCCAACAUGACGCAGGCGUCGAUCGAGCUCGACUCGCUCUACGAAGGCUACGACCUCUUCACCAGCGUCACCCGUGCCAAGUUUGAAGAUACCGCCGGCGACCUGAUCCGUGGCGCCCGUCGUUCGUUGACCGCUGCCAUUGAAAAGGCCGGCAUCAAGCUCGACGCCGUGUCCAAGGUCAUCAUGGUCGGUGGAGGCUCGCGUAUCCCCGCCAUCGAAAAGGUUGUCAACGACUUUUUCGGCGGUCGUUCCGAUCUCAUUGCCAAGGGUGUCCCAGCCGACGAAGCAGUCUGUGUCGGUGCCUCUAUCCAGGCCUCGUACCUCGAGAAGCACGGUUCAUCCCACGGAGACAAAAAGGUGGUCAACGGCACUGCCACCCCCACCGCCAUCACCCCAGAGGCCAUCGGUAUCGAAGGCAACGGCUCACAAAUGGUCACCAUCAUACCCGCCAAGACUAGACUCCCCGCCACACGUACCUUCAAACUCACCAAUCACCAAGACAACCAAACCAAACUCAACCUCUCCAUCUUUACCGGAUCCUCGUCGGCGCCGCUCUCUGAAAACAGACUCAUCUCUCGUUACAUUUUAGAUAUUGAACCAAAACCAAAGGGUCAAUCCUCAAUUCCAAUUACUUUUAAAAUUAGUCCAGAUGGUUUAUUUGAAAUUAUAACACCAAAAAAGACAUUUACUUUGGGUACUAAAACUAGUAGAUGA